AACAGAUUAAGCCGUUUGAAUUUCAUGUUUACAUUAAUUGAUAAUGGUGAAGUUAUAGGAGUUUUAACCAAACAGAAAGAACGACUGGAUACAAUUUAGCAUUCACGUUACUGUUUUUUCAUAUACUAUUGUGUUUGUUGUUACUUUUGCAUUAUUUCCAGCGUGUUUUGUGUUAUUUAACUCCCAAAACCAGAAGGACCACCAUUAUGCUCGGGCGUCAUUGAUGUCUUUCACAACCUGGUUUCAUAUAAUUUUCACAAUUUCUUAUAACCCAAAGAAUCUGUUAAACUACUGCUAAAAAAAUUGUUGUUAAAUCAUGAGUGAACAUGAAGUAAUUCCAACAGCUAACGGUAAAGAAUGCGUGUAUAAAUUGACAAAUGGAAAUGCAGAAAAAUGUGUUCAAGAUCAAAAGCAACACGAGGAGUAUCAGUAUUUACAUUUAAUCGAUAAGAUCAUCAAAAAUGGAACAAAAAAAAGUGAUCGUACGGGGGUGGGUACAAUGUCCAUUUUUGGGUCCCACAUGAGAUUCAGUUUACAAGAUAAUAUAUUUCCAUUAUUAACUACAAAACGGGUGUUUUGGAAAGGAGUUGUCGAAGAAUUACUAUGGUUCAUAAAGGGAUCAACAAAUGCUAAAGAACUGUCAGCUAAAAAUGUUAAUAUCUGGAAUGCAAAUAGCUCGCGUGAAUUUCUAGACUCUUGCGGCUUUACAGAUAGAGAAGAGGGCGACUUAGGACCUGUUUAUGGAUUUCAGUGGAGACACUUUGGUGCAAAGUAUAACGAUAUGCACUCAGAUUACACAAAUCAAGGCAUAGAUCAAUUGAAGGAUGUCAUAGAUAAGAUAAAGAAUUCUACGAAUAACAGAAGAAUCAUUAUGUCAGCUUGGAAUCCAAUUGACAUUCCACAGAUGGCAUUACCCCCAUGCCAUUGUCUCGUUCAAUUUUAUGUUAGCAACGGCGAGCUGUCCUGUCAGCUUUAUCAAAGAAGCGCUGACAUGGGUCUUGGAGUACCUUUUAACAUAGCAUCCUAUUCUCUGUUGACUUACAUGCUGGCACACAUUACAAACUUAAAGCCAGGUGAAUUUGUACAUACAAUGGGCGACUGUCACGUGUAUCUUAAUCAUAUAUCCGGACUUGAGGAGCAAAUUAAACGCAAGCCCAGACCGUUUCCACAGUUGAGAAUAACCAGGAGCGUUGAAAAUAUCGACGACUUCGUCGCGGACGAUUUUGAAUUGAUCGGCUAUAAUCCAUACGCGAAAAUUUCGAUGACGAUGGCUGUUUAAUCGUUCGAAUAAACAAUAA